CGAACCGUCCGUCGCCAAUCAUAAAUGCACCCCGCCGGACGCGACGGUGUCCGUCCGACCGGCCGGGGAGAGAACCGAGGCGGAAGCACAAACUGAAAGGCCAUCUCAAAAGCUCUGCGCUGCGCUGCAGCUUUCUCGGGCCGGAGAAAAGCCGAAACAAACAAACCAACCAACCAGCACGAGGAGCGAGAGAGAGAAGGGGGAUCAUCGGAUUCGGAGGACAUGCUCGCGGCAGCGAGGCAUGGGCGCAAACCAUAGGGUCAGGGCCGGCCGUGUGUCAGGGGGAGCGGAGAGCGGCGACCACUUCUCGUCUGGGUUGGCUGGCUGGCUUCUUGGUGCUUGGUUGCGAGCUGAGCUGAGCUGCUCUGCUGGUGCGGCCGCGAUGGAUGCGCAGCAGCUGGAUUUGAUCCUGCGUCACCACCACCAGAGCAUGGCCAACGUCUGCGAGAGCGAGGACGCGCUGGGGUCGUCGGAGUCGGAGCCCGCGAGGCCGGCGCGCCCGCGGGGCAAGAGGAGCCGCGCCGCCGAGGUGCACAACCUCUCCGAGAAGAGGAGGAGGAGCAGGAUCAACGAGAAGAUGAAGGCGCUGCAGACCCUCAUCCCCAACUCCAGCAAGACGGACAAGGCCUCCAUGCUUGAUGAUGCCAUUGAGUACCUGAAGCAGCUUCAGCUACAAGUGCAGAUGUUGUCAAUGAGAAAUGGCCUGUAUCUGCCCCCAGCAAACUUGUCUGGAGGACCUGAGGCUCUGGCACCCUCAGAAGUGUGCGCCACGCUCAACCAAAGUGGUGUCAAGGCAUCAGAAUCUGGGGUUGUCCUACCUAUGAACCAAAUUUCUUUAGCUCAUCAUUCCAAUCAUGACCAACGGCAUAACAAACCGCUUGUGUUACAAAGUGCCCCUACUAGUUCAACCACCAUAGAGCCUCGAUUCCUUCAAGAGCCAGCACAGUCCAACCUUCAGUCCUUUCUGCUAGCUCUACCUCCUGAGAUGAUCUUGAAGGAGGACAUGAUGUUAACAUAUCGCCUAACUUCAGUUCAAGGAACAUCUUUACCAGGACAUGAGAUCAAGCCUGCUAGGCAGGAAACAUGCAUGGUGAAUUCUGAUCGUUUCGAUAGAGGUUCACUUAGGAAAGAAGUAGCACAAGACAUGGUGCCAAAAAACACUGAAAGUUUACUAUUCAUGCCGUACUUGCAUAGCUUGCAAAGCAGUGACGCCGAGGGAGGUCUGAGGACAGAAUCAAGCUAGCUGCAUGAUCUAUCAACCAUCGUAAAUGCUUUCCCCGUUGGGAUGCUUCAUUUUGGGAGGAUAUUGACAGUGCAAGGGUAUACUAAGAGAAGCAAGCAAGUUCCGGCGAUCGUCGGUCCCGCCUCGUGGAUCUGAAUGUUAGCAGCCAACUCAGAUUGUAGCCUGAUGAACUAUUUUGUAAAGAGAGAGCCCAGUCUCCUUGCAAAUAUAUCCGCUAUGGACUGACUUGGGGGAUAUGCCACCAUGAUCCAUGCAUAUGAAUCAGCACGUCCGGGCCAUGACCUCACCUGUCAUUCCUGCGGUAUUUGGGUGAACGGAUUGCGAAGGCAGCCAUCUGCAUAUCCCGUAAUCGCACUUCUGUAAUGCCAUCUGAGGCAUCCAAUGACAUAAUGACAUCUGAGGUUGAUUGCGAUAAACCUGGAGCUUUGCGACAGGCAUGGUCAUUGUAGAGGCUUCUUUUUUUUGUUGUUGUUGUGUGUGUGGAAAAUAUGUCAUUUGAAAGACCCAUGAAGCAGAAUAAGACUGAAGCAGGGGAGUUUUUCUUGUGACGCUGCUGAUUUCAUUCA